CUGUGCUUCGCGGUUUACCGGAUCUUUUGUUCUGCAGUUUUCUUGAAGAUCACUCCGCGACCCACACGCUGCGGCGCUGUGGUUCAAGCCACCGACUUGUUGUUCCUCACCGCUGUCAGGAAAUGGACUCAUGCUAGCCAUUUCGUCAUGAAACGCAAAUACAGUGAUGACUUUUUGUCUCUUUCAUACAAACUUUGAACUUUGAAAUAACGAGGAGCGCCCACAAUGUUUUUUUUGUGUGGGGAAGUGCUUAGUAAUGAGUCUCUCAAAACGAACAAAUUAAUAAAACGACACGUCCUGACCAAACAUCCAGGCACUACUGUACAUAACGGUAAACCCAGGGAGUUAUUUCAGAACCGGGCAGGAUGCUUCAAGAAACAGUGCUACAAAAGUGGAACAGAAUAAGACGGUACAGAUGCAGAAGAUCAAGUCUCGUCUGAAGUCAGAGUUUGAGUCCCUAGAGUCUGAGGAGAAACAUCUGAAGGAAUACAAACAGGAGAUGGACCUCCUUCUGCAGGAGAAGAUGGCCCAUGUGGAGGAGCUACGACUCAUACAUGCUGAUAUCAACGUGAUGGAGAGCACUAUAAAGCAGUCGGAGAACGACCUGAACAAGCUGCUGGAGACGACGCGGAGGCUCCAUGAUGAGUACAAACCCCUGAAGGAACAUGUAGAUGCCCUGAGGAUGACCCUGGGCCUUCACAGACUGCCCAACCUCAACGAAGAGGAGGAGAAACUCUCUCUGGAUUACUUUGAGAAGCAGAAGGCUGAGUGGCAGAAGGAGCCUCAUGAGCCCACCAUCCCAGAAUCCCUUGCAGCAGCGGCUGCCGCGGCCCAACAGCUCCAGGUCUCCCGGAAACAAGAUGCCCGCCAGACCGCCACCUUCAGACAACAGCCUCCUCCCAUGAAGGUACACAGUACACACCCUCCUAUGAAGGCCUGUCUGUCAUGCCACCAACAGAUCCAUCGUAACGCUCCUAUCUGUCCACUGUGUAAGGCCAAGAGUCGCUCCCGCAACCCCAAGAAACCUAAGAGGAAGCCUGACGAGUAGACACACUCCUACUACCACCUCAUAUUGCUACAUUUCACAUCUGGAUUUCAGUAAAACGUGUCGUUAUAACCUUUCCCCGUGCCAUGGAACCUACAUUUUGUGUAAUCGUCAUUAUCCUAAGUGUUUUCUUUUUAAACAGUGCUUGAGUGUUGAAAUGUAAUUGUUAACCUUAAGGUUUAAUAGACCCUAACCAUGUUAUAUGCAAUAAUACACAAUAUUAUACUGUAACUGUACCCAUGUUGUGAUUGGUUCUGGCAUUAAAUGUAAAACGUACUGCAUUUACUUGUUACUCUGUAUUUAACACGUUUGCAUUGCAUGAACACUUUCCAUGACUGAACUAUAAUGACUGUGUUGUAACUGUUUGUGAUAUGAAAGUGGGUUCAUUGUUGGACUGUAUAACCCAGGAAGUUGUUUUAAUGUUUACUAAAGGCAUAAUGGACGGUCAAGGACUGAGAAAACCAUGAUGCUUAUUUGCUUUUAACAGUGUUGUAUGUGAAACUUGAAUACAAAAAUACAAAAAUAAAAUGUAUUUUGUACUGCA